AUUUCUUCGAUUGUCGUUAUAAGUAAUCUCCGAAAAAAUUACAAAUUCAGUAGGUGUUCACCUAACGUAGAUGUAACGAGUAAAACUUCUUUGCGAGCGUGUAAUCGCGAAUAAUAUGGCUAAGUUCGCAAUCGCUCUGUGCAUCCUGGCUACUGUCUGUGGCACUCAAGCAGGCUUCUCCGGCUUCAUGUCUACGUUGAUAGGCCAAGGCCCGGAAAAGCAGCUCAAGUCGUUGACUGCCAAAGCUGAGGGGAGCUUGUCCGAUCUGCAGGCGAGUUGGUCAAGAUACUUGAAGAUAUCAUCCGACUUGCUGAUACUGAUCGAGGAUACCGCGAACGAUGCGAUAGAGCGGUGCGUUACGGAAAUGAAUGAACUGUUCGCUCGCGGAAACCUAUCAGAGGCGGACAUCGCGUUGUGCACCAACACCACCGAGCUAGAAAUUAUGCUAGCGAAAAUCACGGACCCUAAAGCAGACUGCGUCGAGGCAAAAUCGAGUGAAGUUGAGGCGAUCUACCACGAACUGACGAAUCAAUUGCAAGAUCUGAUCACUACUUCUAAUGACGCGUUGGCAUCGAUAAAAAGCGAAUGUGGCUUUUGGAAAUUUUACUCCUGCCAAUCGAGAAUCGCUCAACCAGUGCUGAACAAAAACAAGACAACCGUGAAUGAUUUGAUCGCCGAGUCGGAAAAGAUUCGCAAAGAAAUCGCUGAACUGCCUAAAAAACUACCAGACUGCUUCGACACGCAUGCCCUCCAGAGAAUCGUCGUCAAACUAUCGGCGGUAUACGCGGAUGCCGAGAAGUGCAUGAACAAUGCAAAGGCCAACAGUAACGCUAAAAUUGUAUCGUAAUCAUAACCGUGCCAAUAUUAUUUAAUCAAACACUGGGA